AUGUCGGAGCCCAUCCUUACCCAGUCGUAUGGAUAUGGCUUUGCUCUUGGAUUGGGAGCUGCGUUUGCCUUGAUCAUGGCAUUGAUAACGAGAGCCCUCUCUAGUUUCUUGGGACAGGUUCAGAAUUCAGAGAGGUUUUCCACUGCUUCCAGAAAUGUGAAAGCUGGACUUAUUUCUUCCAGUACAGUUUCCGCGUGGACUUGGCCAGCAACUUUACUUUCUUCGGGCGCCUGGAGCUAUUCUCAUGGUGUUAGUGGAGGAUACUUCUAUGGUAUCGGAGGUACGAUUCAGAUCACACUUUUCAUGUUUCUUGCUAUUCAGCUUAAGAGAAGAGCCCCUGCUGCUCACACACUUUCAGAAUGCUUCUACUUGAGAUAUGGGAAGCCUGGUCACAUUGUGUUCUUGUGCUAUUGCAUGGCGACCAAUAUCCUCAUCUCGUCGUUGCUUCUUUUGGGAGGUUCACAAGGAUUUGCAACGACUACUGGAAUGCACACCGUUGCAGCUUCUUUCUUACUUCCAUUGGGAGUCAUGGUGUACACUGCUCUUGGUGGUUUGAAGGCAACUUUCGUAUCCGACUGGAUCCAUACGGUGAUAAUCUAUGGGAUCCUCUUGGGCACAUGCUUCACCGUAUAUGGCACAUCGUCCUUGAUUGGAAGUCCAGGAAAAAUGUACGAUAUGCUCAAGGAAGCUCAAAAGCUGUUUCCCUCGGCAACAGGAGAGAGCUACCUCUCAUUUAAAGACCCAGAGAUGUUCUUUCUUUCUUGGUCAGUCACCUUGGGUGGAUUCGGCUCUGUUUUUGGUGAUCCUGGGUACUCACAAAGAGCUAUUGCAGCUCAUCCGGCAGAAGUCUUUGAAGGUUACCUUCUCGGUGGAAUUUGUUGGUGGAUCAUUCCUGUUUCCUUGGGACUGGCUGCUGGUUUGGCUUGCAGAGCACUCCUUACCAACCCAGCCUCACCAACAUACCCUGAUCAAUUAACGGAUUUUGAGGUUGGUGCUGGUCUUCCUGUGAUAUACGGCAUGGCUGCAAUUUUUGGCAAGAAAGGUGCUGCAGCUGGUCUAGCAAUGCUUUUCAUGUCCGUCACAUCAGCGACUUCAGCCGAGCUUAUCGCCUUUUCUUCAGUCACCACCUACGACAUUUACAGAACCUACUUCAAGCCCCACGCCUCCGGAAAACAGCUUGUAUUUGCUGCACAUACGUCUGUCCUUGGUUUUGGUAUCUUCAUGGCAGCGUUAGCAACGAUCUUGAAUUACGUGGGGGUUACAGUAGCAUGGCUAUUGAGCUUUUUAGGAAUUGUCUUGACGCCUGAGGUGAGUGCAAUCAUUUUAACUCUCUAUUGGACAAAAAUGACAACCCUAAGUCUCAUCAUAGGUGCUCCACUAGGCACUAUUACCGGGGUUGUUUGUUGGAUUGCCGCUACUUAUCAUCUCGGCGAUGGAGCGGUCAAUAAGGAAACCUUGAUGAUAUCCAAGGCCACUUUUGUUGGCAACAUCACGGCAAUAUUCUCCACACCAGUUUACAUCACGGUAAUAUCUCUUUUGAAACCAGACAAAGAGCCGUUUGAUAUGAACAAGUUGCAGACCAGCUUCAAAGCUGGCGAUGACGUGGAUGAAGAGGUGGAGGAUGGAAUGGUGGUUACAUUGCAAGCACAGCGUGUUUUGAAGAAGCAGGAAUGGGCUUGCGUAGCUGUAAAUGCCUUCCUUCUACUUGUUCCGUACAUCACUGUCCCCUGUGUAUUGUAUGGCACUGGUGAUUUCAGCAAGAGUUCUUUUACGGCAUUCAUAAUAAUGCUCCUUCUAUGGGCUGUUUUGGCUGCUCUUUACAUCACAAUUCUACCCCUAGUGCAAGGGUGGAGCUCUAUGAAGAUGAUAGCGAAAAGAUUAUUUGGAAAGGGCCUGGACGAAGUUAUUACGGAUUCGGUGGAGGAAGAAGAGCUACAUCAUGAAGUCAAGGGUAUUGACAGCUAA